AGACACGGGCAAACCUCUCGAAUCGGGUGAGAUGCAGCACACACUGAUCCUCAGAAGUACAUAAAAACAAGCCUGCCUUGUGAUUAUCAUAGCCUUUACUUUACCCAGCACUCUCUCUACCAGUUUGGAUAUCUCAAAUUAAUUAUUCAAGAUUGGUAAUCCAAUCAACUGCUCAUCAUCAACAAACUGUACUCCUACAAGAUACGAAGGAACAUUCUCAGCGCUGUAUGCUACUUUGCCGUUUUCCAUUUUCUGUUGUCAUAUUUUCCCUAAUUCUACCGCCAUUAGAUUCAAGAUCCUCAACAGCUUCUGCUUCCGUCGUCAUUUUUCUCCUCCCAAAAACAAAAGGUUCAAUUGAUACACACCUUUUUAGGGUUUGUGUUCCCACAAGGCCAUAUCUUCAUGUUACAGCACAUGUUUACAGAAAACAGACGGAAGACCUGUUUGAAUGAGCUAUUUGCGUCUAACACCUGAAUGGGCGGCGAAGAGGAUACUGAUGACCAGUGCAGUUGGACCAAUGCGUUGAGUCACAAUCUCAACGAUGACAUGUCAGGACUGAAAACGUACUUAGCAGGAAAGGUGCCCAGCAGGGAGGAUAUCAGGGCACGUGUCCAGCAGUUUGUGGAGGAGAGGAUGCAGACUACCAUGUUGACUGGCGUGCUGAUCGGGGCUGUGGUGGCAGUUUCUCUAAUUGGCAUCGUGGUGCUCUUCCUCUAUAGAAGAUACAAGCUGGCCAGUGGACAGCAGGCUGUUCCCCGCUAUCGCUUCAGGAAGAGAGACAAGGUGCUCUUCUACGGCCGGAAGAUUAUGAGGAAGGUCCAGACCCUUUCCUCAACUCCAUCUUCUACCUCUGUGUCCAAGCUGCGCCCUCGGAAGAGACCCAAAGUCCUGAGUAUAGCUCGCAGGAUCCUGCGUAUCCGUAAGGAGCCCCCUACUCUGCAGCCCAAGGAACCCCCUCCCUCCCUGCUGGAGGCAGACCUGACUGAGUUUGAUGUUCAGAACUCCAACCUGCCCUCAGAGGUCCUCUACAUGCUCAAAAACGUCCGGGUGCUGGGCCACUUUGAAAAGCCUCUGUUUCUGGAGCUGUGUCGUCACAUGGUCUUUGUGGAGCUGCAGGAGGGGGAGGGGCUGUUCCGGCCGGGCGACGACGACGACAGCAUCUACGUUGUCCAGGAUGGACGUCUGGAACUCUGCAUCCACGAGAACGAUGGCACAGAGCCGGUUGUGAAGGACGUGCUCCCGGGGGACAGUGUCCACAGCCUGCUCAGUAUUCUGGACAUCAUCACCACAUCACUCCUCCUUCCUGUUUUUCUGAUUUCACCUCCUGUCUCUUUUGUCCUCUCUCUCUCCCCCUCCCUGUGUGAUUGGUUGGUUCCUCAGGGUUACCCCGCCCCCUAUAAGACUGUGUCAGCGCGGGCUGCGUCUCGCUCCACUAUCCUGCGUCUGCCCGCCUCAGCCUUCCAGUCUGUGUUUGAGAAGUACCCCGAGACUCUGGUGCGCGUCAUUCAGAUAAUCAUGGUGCGACUCCAGAGAGUGACUUUCCUGGCGUUACAUAAUUACCUGGGCCUAACCACAGAGCUCUUCAACCCGGAGCGUCAGGCGGUCCCCUUGGUGGCGGUUGCUGGGGUGAUAGAGGGGAGUCCGGGCAGGAUCCCACGCAGACCCCACUUUCACGAGGACCCAGUCUUCGCCCCCACACCUGCACUCGCAGAAACCUCCUCGGACACAGACGCCGGGAAAGAGAGCACCUCCAACGCCUUUAGGAAGACUCGCUCUAUCUCUAUGCCCACUGACGGCACAGCAGGGGUGACAGGGAUCGACCUGAACAUGGCGUACGAGCGAGCCAGAGUCACCAUAGACGAGCGCCCCUCCAGCCCUGUCAUUUACAAGUCCAUCCUGAAGAAGAGUGUGACCAUGCAGCACACGCCCUCUGCCGUGUUCCACUACACGGACAGCGGGGGGCGCUCCGACACCGUCCACCCCAGCAAGGUCAGCUCCAUCUUUCAGGCUGCCAAGAAAGACCUGCUGGGCAUCAUCCAGCUGCAGGACCCUGGUCUGUUGGAGGGCAGGGUGACUCUGCACCAGGUCAAAGCAGGCUCUGUGGUGGCCAGACAGGGAGACCAGGAGGUGAGUGUGCAGUUUGUGAUCUUGGGCCUGCUGCAUGUAUACCAGCGGAUGAUCGACCGCGAGGAGGACACAUGUCUGUUUGUGACCCACCCCGGGGAGCUGGUGGGCCAGCUGGCUGUACUGACCGGCGAGCCCCUCAUCUUCACUGUCCGAGCCCACCGAGACUGCAGCUUCCUCUCCAUUUCCAAGACCCACUUCUACGAGAUCAUGCGUGCAGAACCCACAGUGGUGCUGAACGUAGCUCACACGGUCGUUCGGAGGAUGUCGUCCUUCGUCAGGCAGAUAGACUUUGCUCUGGACUGGAUGGCUGUGGAGGCCGGCCGGGCAGUCUACAGACAGGGGGAUAAGUCAGACAGCACCUUCAUAGUUCUGAGUGGCCGUCUGCGCUCCGUCAUCAUGAAGGAGGACGGCAAGAAGGAGCUGACCGGAGAGUACGGCCGCGGUGACCUCAUCGGCGUGGUGGAGGCCCUGACCCAUCAGAACAGAGCCACCACGGUGCAUGCAGUACGUGACUCGGAGCUGGCCAAACUACCAGAGGGAGCACUCGGCUACAUUAAGAGGAAGUUCCCACAGGUAGUCACGAGGUUGAUUCACCUUCUUGGCCAGAAGAUCCUUCAGCAGGUCAAUGGCCCUCUGACAGCCCGGAGCCUGGCCCUGCACACCCCAGGCAGUAAGUGGGAUGCAGGGAACCCGGCGUCCAACCUGUCCACUGUCACCGUGCUGCCUGUGUCUGAGGAGGUACCCCUCACUGCCUUCACACUGGAGCUGCAGCACGCACUCAUCGCCAUUGGCCCCACACUUCUACUGACCAGCGACAGCAUCAAGCAGCGCCUGGGAGCGGCCGCACUGGACAGUGUUCAUGAGUAUCGUCUGUCCAGUUGGCUGGGCCAGCAGGAGGACAUCCACCGCAUCGUGCUCUACCAGACAGACUACACCCUGACCCCCUGGACCCAGCGAUGUAUCCGCCAGGCCGACUGCAUCAUCAUUGUGGGACUGGGGGAGCAAGACCCCGCUGUGGGGGAGUUGGAGCGGAUGCUGGAGGGCAGUGCGGUGAGGGCCCAGAAGCAACUGGUGUUGUUACACAGGGAGGACGGCCCCCCGCCCCAGGGCACUGUGGAGUGGCUCAACAUGAGGAGCUGGAUCUCCAGACACCUGCAUCUCUCCUGCCCACGCAGGGUCUUCUCCAAGAGAAGCCUGCCCAAACUGAUUGAGAUGUAUCAGCGUGUGUUCCAGAAGCCGGCUGACCGCCACUCUGACUUCUCCCGGCUGGCCAGGGUCCUGACCGGGAACGCCAUCGCCCUCAUACUGGGGGGAGGAGGGGCCAGGGGCUGUUCUCAGGUGGGUAUCAUGCAUGCUCUGAGUGAGGCAGGGAUCCCUGUGGACCUGGUGGGAGGUGUUUCCAUCGGCUCCCUGAUGGGGGCGCUGUACGCAGAGGACCGCAGUCACUGCCGCAUGAGGAUGAGGGCACGAGAGUGGGCUAUGGGAAUGACGUUGGUGUUUAAGAAGGUGUUGGACCUGACCUACCCCAUCACUUCUAUGUUCUCUGGCGCUGCCUUCAACUCCAGCAUUUACACUGUGUUCAAGGGCAAGCAGAUAGAGGACCUGUGGAUCCCCUAUUUCAACAUCACCACUGACAUCACUGCCUCCACCAUGAGAGUGCACACAGACGGCUCUCUGUGGAGGUAUGUGCGUGCCAGCAUGUCUCUCUCUGGCUACCUGCCCCCUCUAUGUGACCCUAAAGACGGACACCUACUGAUGGACGGAGGCUACAUCAACAACCUACCAGCGGACGUGGCUCGCUCCAUGGGUGCCAAGGUGGUGAUCGCCAUAGACGUGGGCAGCCAGGACGAGACCAACCUCACCAACUACGGCGACUCGCUCUCCGGCUGGUGGCUGCUAUGGAAACGCCUCAACCCACUGGCAGAGAAAGUCAAGGUGUUGAACAUGGCAGAGAUUCAGACGCGGCUGGCAUACGUGUGCUGUGUGCGUCAGCUGGAGUCGGUGAAGAGCAGUGACUACUGCGAGUACAUCAGGCCUCCCAUAGACCGUUACCGUACACUGGAGUUUGGCAAGUUUGACGAGAUCGCUGAGGUGGGCUACCAGCACGGCAAGACAGUGUUUGACGUGUGGAGUCGCAGUGGAGUGGUGGAGAAGAUGCUGAAGGACCGUCACCAGGAAGAGUUUCACAACACGCACAGCAACAACAACGGACCUGUGACCUGUCCUAAUGCCUCCUUCACUGACCUGGCAGAGAUCGUGUCCCGCAUUGAGGUGGCCAAACCAGCUCUGGUCGACGAGGAGUCCGACUACCCCACAGACUAUGAGGAGGAGGCAAUGGAGAGUGCCUACUCAGACUUUGAGCUGUCCAAUCACUACAGCGAACACACCACCGAGGGGGAGGAGACUGCGGACACGGAUGAAGAGCUGCUGGACAUGGGGAGAAGACGUCGCCCUCCUCCCCCGGGCUACAGCGACAUGAGCCCCCUCUCCUCCCCCCACCCCCCGCCUACAGCCCCACCCCUUGGAGGAAACUGAGGGGAACCCCACCGCUGAGCGAAGACAAUGCCAAGAGUCACUGAACCCACAGUCUGGAAGCGCAAGGAACUGACUCUCUCUGGCUGCCUGUCCCUCCAGCACUAGCGCUAACACAGUGCCUUACAGACCCACAAUAAAUACAGGACCAACUAUUUUCAACAGUCAAUGCAUAAUCAUAUUCCUGUCUGAGUCUGUCUGACUAGCCACCUGGAGAUGGUGGAGAUUGUUUGUGUCCUGUGUUCUUCCCUCUUAUUAUAAAUCACUCUAGUUUAAUGGGACACAAGCUGGGCGGUGGUGAAGAUGCGGCGGUCUCUUCUGAAAUGGCUGCCUACUGGUGUUUGGAGCUCACACCUUCUGUACGCCUCCCGUCAGCCUCGGUGUCUGAGGUCCUAGAUUGCGAUAAAAGGAGAAGAAAGAGGAUCCUUUCCGAGUCACGGGUAUGGGGCGCAGUUCGACGUGCACAGUGUGACGGGACACACAGAAGAAGCAGCGGUAGCAUCUGUUUAUUCUUCUCAUCUAUUUUCUGGCUUCAAACAAUUAGAUGAAGGGUUAAAUGCAGACCACACUGUUAAUGCUAUAUAGCAUUUAUCUAUGUACAGGCACAUCCAAGACCGCUAGACAAUUGACCAGUGUAACACAGUUGAUUUGACUAAUGAAUUAUUAACCUUUACUUACCUCUAGAGCUAACUUUAUAGAUGUACUGGCAAAUUAAGCAAAUCAAUGCAAUGUAUUAUUAUUCUUUUUACGUGUGUCUAUCAGUGCAGUGCCUUUAACCCAGCUGAUAUUGACGCACCGGUAGCCUUUCAUUGUGUUGUAGAUCUUAGAAAGUCCCUUUUGCUACAGUCCCCUGAGGUUGUAAGUCUGCGUCCUGAAUGACACCCUAUUCCUUUUACAGUGCACUACUUUAGACCAGGGCCCGUAGGGCUCGGAUCAGAGGUAAUGCGUUGUAUAAGGGGAUAGGAUUGGGAGUCAACCUGUCUAAAUGUAGAAGAGACACUGUGUAUGUGUGUGUGUAUGUGUGUGUGUGUGUGUGUGUGUGUGUGUGUGUGUGAGUGAGAGCAUGUCAGUAACAGGAGGCUUGUUUAUAAAAUGCAUGCAUAUGUUCAGUGAAUGGAACAAAGGUUUUUGUGAACCUUUACUGAACUAAACUGGCCAACUUGACCUUUUAACACAUUUCAAGCUAUUUAAUUGUGCCUUUGGUGACUGACAAUCACAUGCUGAUUAGUUCAACUUGAAUGUUGAGCACAGUUUGCCAAUGACCCUGUUAAACAAUGAAGGACUCAUGUACUAUUUAGGCGUUGCUUGUGUGUGAAUGUUAUUUGUACCACCGAAUUGAUGUUUUUGAUAAUCCAUUGUAUAACACUGCUCACUAAUAAUAAACCACUAUUGGUUAGCUGAG